CGAAUUCUCAAACCUUAUCUGCCUCUCGACUUUAGUACUACGGUGUUCAUGUGAUCAUAAGCUGGGUCUAAGAAAUCGGAAGGUCUACUUUGUGAAUAUGGACCGGCCCAGUACAAGUCAACAAUCUAUACAGAAGGUGGAGAUGUUCGAAGUGCGAGAGCACGUGCCCUACCAGGCGGAGGUGACCAGGGCACCAGCAGCAUAUGACGAAGAGAGUGGGGAACUGUAUGAGUCCUCCUGGAAGUCGGCGUGGAGUGCGAUAUGCCAGCUCGUGAAUCUUUUGCAGCAUAUGCAGAUUGCUAUUGUGGUGUUCUCGGUUUGGCGGUACGCUUUGACUUCGCAGGCAGAUGGAUCGAUCACGAAUUUGCAGCUGCAUAUCGUGUUCGCUGGUACAGGUUAUCAACUAUUUCUGGUAGAAUCAAUACUUACUCUUCAUAAGCAUAACACAUGGUCAUCCCAACUGAGCAUGGACAGUAAAAGAAUCGUGCAUGGGUGUUUUCAAAUCCUAGGAGCGUUGUUUGUUCUCGCUGGAACAUUCCUCGGACUCUCUCAAGUAAACAUGCAGAUCAGUUCGGCACACGCCAUUUGCGGAGUUGUAGCUCUCGCGUUUACAAUGUUGAGCUUUGUAUCAGGAAUCAUCGCGUUAUUCUCCUCCAAGGUUCGUCUCCUUCUGAAAAGUAAUCCGGUGAAGAUAUUUCACGUCGCCGUUGGAAUGUUUGCAUUGAGUAUGGGCCUAAUUACUAUGAUCUUAGGGUUUAAUAGUGUGAGGUUUAGUACAACUCAGGGGCCUUUGGCCACAGCCCUCAUCACCUUUGUUGUGAUAACGUUGGUAUACACUCUGGUGCAACCCAUUGUAGACCUGAUAGCAACCACCAGAAAGACGCUAUGACUAUUCGAAGUCGACGGCUCGAGUGACGGCGACAGUAGAGCCUAGCUUUUACAUUUUUUUAAUUGUUAAAAGGAAAAAAUAAUAAAAAAUACUUAAUAGGUUAAGUUAUGUUAAGUCAUAAAAAUUUUAUUCGUAACUAAACAAUGUUACAUAUAAUAAUUUAAUUUAAAAUACGCGGGUUUUGUUCAUUCAUUCGCUUAUUACGAUUUGGAACGGUUUUGGUUUGUAAGAAAUGUAAAAAUUUUAAAGGUAUAUCAUUGAUGUUAUGGAUUUUAAGGAUCCACAGUCGAUAAAUAACGUUAUCGUACAGACGGCAAAGUUAAACAGUCAACACAAUUUAUUUAUUAGUUUAUUCCAUAAUGUCUAAAUAACGAACAUCUGUUUUUUAAGAUUUUAUAU